UUCCGUUUCUGGGGAAUUGUGCAGAUAUGGAAUAUUCUACUCAGGGAUGAGCCAAUGUCUCUCCAAGAAAACCUUAUCUUGGAAUGGCAUACUGAAAGAAGAAUGGCUUCACCCAUACCCAUUUGUUCUUUUCGGCGUAGUGAAACCCACAAGAUGAAGCUUCCGCUUCCGUGGCUCAAAUCCUUCCUCAAUAUAUAUUUCCAACGCCCACCGCGCGGGGCUUGCCUUUUCCUAUGAAAGUUUGAGUGUUUCCCCGGGGUUACAAGCAUCACUCGUUCUGCUUGAACAGACCGCAUUUUCCCUAUGAUGGGACCACCCAACUUGGCCCAGCUGUUGGUGCUAGGCGCGACGUUUGGAUUUGCGGACGCGAGAAAGGGGGGAUUUUUUCGAAGAGCGGCAGCUUCUUCGUCUUCUUGCGACCCGGUUACAACAACAAUAUACCCGACUGUUACGGUCAAUGGGGGCGGAGGAGUUACAUCGUAUGUCAGUGCUGGAACAAUAACGGAAUGGGUUACAGUUUCGGCAACGGACUGUCAGUCCAGCUCCAGUCUUUCCAGCGCUGCGAUGUCGUCCUCCUACUCAGCAGCAAUCUCGUCGUCUGCAUUUGCCUCGUCCUCGUUUUCUUCUGGAUCGCUUUCUUCCUCAAUUUAUACCUCAAGUCUCGAAAUUUCCUCCUCACCGGCCAGCUCAACGGCAGCGGCUUCAUCUUUGAUGAGCUCGGGAGCUAGUAGUAGUAUCUAUAGCACAGAGUCAUCAGGAGCUAUAUCAUCCACGUACAGCUCUCAGGGAUCCUCAGCUUCCCAGAGUGCAAGUCAGAGCUCCUCCCAGGACCAAAGCCCAUCGAGUUCACAAUCUGCGAUGGAGUCCAGCUCCCCAAGUGCAACUCAGUCAAGCAAUUUGGCUGCAUCAAGUUCCCAAGCUGCCGUUUCCACAACAACACCGCCUCCGCCAACAUACACCACGCCGGAAGGCCCAUUUGUUGAGCAGGGUUGUUAUCAGGAUCCAAAUGACUCUGGAUACCCUCUGGAGAACGUUGGCUACCAAACCCAAGUCACUGAUGUCACGGAGUGUCUUAACGACUGCUCGGCAGGCGACUACACUGUUGCCGGUGUGGAAGGAACUACCUGUUUCUGUUCAAACUCUUACGAGGAAAACGCAUCGACUUCCGAUGAUCCCAGCUGUUCCACACCUUGCACAGGAAAUGCUAAUCAAGUUUGUGCUGGUAUGAGAAAGAGGAGUCUCGGUGCCCGCUCUGGAAAAGCUAUUGUCGUGUACAAGGUGGUCCCACAAUCAUCUACAUCGGCCGCAAUGAGCUCAACUUCCUGCAAUCUGCCCGAUGUCACAACCACUAUCACGCCAAGCGCAAGUCCGAGUGCCGUUACAGUGACUGUGUCUGCUUCUGGCGUGACGUCUUACCUGUCUGCUGCAGGUUCUGCUGUUACUGAGUUUGUCACCGCGAGUUUCUGCUCGAGCUCAUCCAGCUCAUCGGCUGCACCUUCUUCUAGCCAAGCCCUAUCAUCUUCUUCUGCUCAACCAUCUAGCUCUGCAAGCUCAUCGACGGCUGCUGCCACUUCCAGCCAAAGUCUCUCAUCAUCAUCUUCUCAGCCAUCUGCUCAGCCAUCAAGCUCAUCAGCCGUGAUUCCGUCUUCUGCUGCGUUGUCUAGCCAAGACCUUUCAUCAUCUUCAGCUCAGCAGUCUUCCUCAAAUAUGGAAUCUUCUACAAUUUCUUCGUCGGCUCUAUCAUUCUCCGCCCAAGUUUCGGUCUCGUUUUCUUCCUCUGAUGUAUCAUCAAGCCAGAUUUCAUCAUCGGCGCUCUCAACGACCAUCCAAUCUGUGGCUGCUCAAUCUACAUCUAAUUCACUGGCGGCUGCAAGUUCUAGCACACCACAGGCCGCUGCGAGCUCUAGCAUCCCAUCCAGUCCCGUGGCAACCUUCGUGCCGGAUGUCAUUGUUCCCGAUGGAGAAUUCGUCGAGCAAGGCUGCUACGAAGAUGAGACGGGUUCCGGUUACCCGCUGCUUUCGGCUAUGGAAGUGAGCAAUGUCGGCGACAUUGCAGAUUGUAUCUCUCAAUGUGAUACAGACUCUUUCGCCUAUGCAGGUAUUGAGGGAGGCAGCUGUUGGUGCGCCAACUCAGUAGAUAGCGGAGCAACACAAAAACCUGGCUCUUGUGAUACUCCUUGCCAAGCGGAUUCCUCGGAGUUUUGCGCCGGAAUGAGAAAGAGAACUGGCGACCAUAUCAUUAUUUACAAGCUGGGACCUGCGCCAACACAUUCGAGCAGUAGCAGUGUAGUCUCUUCUACGGCUAUGCCUUCGUCUACUCUGGAAUCUAGCAGCAUGGUGGCAACCUCGACUUUCAUAUCAUCCGUUGUGACGACCAGUACCUCACUGCCAUCUUCAUCAAUCGGGUCAAGCGCUGCGGUCAGCUCGACCGUUGAACCUAAUGUUUCCAGCUUUGCCAGUCAAUCAGCCGUAGCCUCGCAGAUUUCUGCACAAGGAUCGUCCUCAUUGUCAAGCAGCCUCGCAGCUCAAAGUUCAAGUCAAUUUCAACCAGCUAGUGCUUCAGCGAGUGAGUCCGCCGGUCAAUCUGCGAGCCAGUCUCAAUCUGCCGCAAUGUCUUCGUCCCAGCCUAGCUCCGUGGCUGCUCAAAGUUCAACUCAGGCUCAAGAGAGCUCAUCAGCUACCCAAUCCGCCAGUCAAACUGAAUCCAGUACUCUAGCCGCACAAAGCUCAUCCCAAUAUGGAAGUGCAUCAGCAAGUCAGACUCAAUCUGGUUCCUUGGCCGCUCAAAGCUCAUCAGCGAGUCAAUCCGCCAGCCAAUCAGUUUUUGCGUCAAGCUCUGCCCAAGCCUCGAUAAUUCAAUCGUCUAGCUUCUCAUCAAGCUCAAGUCAAGCUAGUGCCUCCGCCUCGGGGACGACAUCUAUGGACAUAUCCUCAUCUUCAAGCUUUAGUCAAAGUGCCAGUGCGUCAGCCUCUCUCUCUUCAGAAGCAGCCUCAAGCUUUUCAAGCGCGAGUCAAAGUGCGAGCGCGUCAGGGACUAUUGCAGCUUCUUCAAGCUUUGGUCAGAGUGCUAGUGCGUCAGGGACUAUUUCAUCAGCGGCCGGAUCAUCCAGUGCCAGUCAAAGUGCGAGCGCUUCGGGGACACCCAGUACUUAUGAUUCGUCCUCUGCAGAGUCUUCCAGCUUCGGUCAAAGUGCUAGUCCUUCAGCGUCUAUGUCUUCAGAGAUCUCCACGUCGAAUCCCUCGAGCGCCAGUCAAAGCGCAAGCGCCUCAGGAAGUACCUCCAUGGACCUGUAUUCCUUGCUGUCGUCUUCAAGUUUCCCCUCAUCCACACAAAACUUGGCUGCUGCUUCGUCAUCGAUUGUAUCCACGGGAGUAGGAGCGUCUUCAAGCAUGGAGGCCUUUAGUUCAGCCAUGGCUUCUGCCUCUGGAAGCAGCAUUUAUACCUCGGCAUUUGUCCAAGACUCGAGUUCUGCGAUGGUAACAUCGUCAGCUUUGCCAACCUCUUCAGGAUCAAGCGCCGCAGUGUCCACGUCCCUCCCUCUAGUAUCCUCCAGUGCAGAGCUAAGCUCGACGGCGAUCUCGAGCUCUGCAGCAGUCACAUCAUUAACCCAAGCCUCUAGCUCUGAGUCUUCAUCGCUAGCUGCCUCAGCCUCGGCCAGUAGUAUGUACUACGGUAGCUCUAGCUCAAACUUGGGUGCUGCCUCAUCCUCAACUUCAUUCUAUGCUACAAUUGCCUCAUCGUCAAUGGCUGCUGCUGCGAGCGCUUCUAUGAGUGUUUCGCCUGAUAUUAGCUCUUCUGCGCCUUCGUCGACUCUUGGUGCUGCUAGCAGUUCAACAACCCCGUCGUCUGCUUCUGCAUUGGGAUCAGCAAGUCAAAGUGCAGCAUUUUCGUCUUUCUCUACCAUGAUCAAUAGCGCUUCUCAAGGUAGCGCUUAUUCCUCAUCUGCUUUCCCAUCGAUGACUGCGAGCCAGAGCGUGGCCAUUAGCUCUUUCCAGACUGUAGCAUUUUCGUCCUUUUCGACGAUAAUCGAAAGCGCUUCUCAAAGCAGUGCUUAUCCGUCGUCCGCUCCGGCAUCGGUACCUGUAAGCCAGAGCGCGGCUAUUAGCUCUUUACAGAGUGCGGCAUUUUCGUCCUUCUCGACCAUGAUCAGUAGCGCUUACCCAUCGGCUCCUUCUGCAUCGAUAUCAGCAAGUCAAAGUGAAAGUAUCAGCUCAUCACAGAGUGCAGCUGCUUCUUCCUCCAGUAUGAUUGGUAGCGCUUCUCAGAGUAGUUCUUAUCCGUCAUCUGCUUUCCCAUCGGUGACUGCGAGCCAAAGCGCGGUUGUCAGCUCUUCCCAGAGUGCUGCAUCUUCGUCUUUCUCUGCCAUGAUUUCAGCAAGUCAAAGCGCUGCUUUCGGCUCAUCACAGAGUGCAGUAGCUUCUUCUGGCUCCACGGGCCUCUCGGCAAGUCCUAGUUCCUCGAGCUCCCCAUCCUCAGUAACACUUUCGGCUAGUCAGUCUACCACCUUGUUUCAAUCAUCCUCUUCGAGUUCAGCAUCCCAAUCAGCGGCAGCAUCCUCACUAUCAUCACAAAAUCUGGAUACCACGUCCUCUGUUUCGUCAAGUUAUGCAAGCGCUUCGCAAUCGAGUGCUUACCGAUCUUCGGCUUCACAAACGCUAGACACCACGUAUUCUGCUUCUUCGAGCUACCCAAGCUCUUCCUUGUCAAGCUCAGCAUUUGCCUCAAGCUCGCAGACCCUGGAAUCCUCCUUGGCCAGCUCUUCAAGCUUCGCAAGUGCUUCACAAUUAAGUUCUUAUGAAUCUUUGACCGCAGCAUUAAGCCUCCAAAUCUCUUCGAGCUACCCGAGUGCUUCGCCAUCGAGUUCUUAUGAAUCUUCUAGUGCUGCAUUUAGUUCACAGACUAUAGAAUCCUCAAUCAGUUCCUCGGCUCUCGCGAGCGCCUCACACUCCAGUGCCUAUGAGUCUUCAACUUACACGACUUUGUUUUCCUCGAGCUAUCCGAGUGCAUCACAAUCGAGCUCAUACGGGUCUUCAGUUUUAACGUCCUCCUUGUCCACCUCUUCAAGCUUUCCAAGUGUGUCACAGUCGAGUGCAUAUGAAUCGUCAACAGCCGCAUUCAGCUCGCAAAUCUCUUCGAGCUACCCUAGUGCUUCGCAAUCGAGUUCCUAUGAGUAUUCCAGUGCCGCAUCGAGCUCAGAGACUCUGGGGUCAUCCCUCACAAGCUCUUCAGCGAUGUUGAGUGCUUCACAAUCAAGUUCCUAUGAUUCUUUGACGUCUCCAGAAAGCUCACAAAGCACGGACUCCAUGGCCAGCUCUUCGGCCUUCCUGAGUGCUUCACAAUCGAGUGCUUAUGCGUCGUCAGCUUAUGGAAGCUCACAAGCAGUCAGCCCACAGACUGAGGAAUCCUCAAUUAGCUUUUCAGCAUUCCCCAGUGCCUCAGAGUCGAGUGCCUAUGGAUCUUCUCUUGCGCAGACCAGUAGUUCUUACCCAUCCAGCAGUAGCUUUGAGAGCUCUUUGGCCUCGUCCACCCAGGCCGCGAGCAACAGUGUUGAGAGUUCUUUGGUGUCGUACACACAAGCUGCGAGCAGUAGUGCUUACCCUAGCAACGGUAUUACAAGCUAUUUAGCCUCUUCGAGCCUGGCUGCGAGCAGCAGUGCAUACCCGUCCAAUAUUGAAAACUCUUCGACCUUCUCGUCAGCGCCCCCAUCUAGCAGCAGUGUUGAGAGCUCUACAGCCUCGUCUUUCCAAGCCGCGAGCAGUGGUGUAUAUCCGUCCAGCAGCAUUGCAAGCUCUUCAGCCCCACCGAGUCAAGUUGCUAGCAGCAGUGCUUACCCGUCCAGUGUUGAAAGCUCUUUAGCCUCUUCAUCCAUACAAGCUGCAAGCAGUAGCGCAUACACAUCCACUAGUAGCAUUGAAAGCUCUUCCGCUCCAUUGUCGGCAUACCCGUCAAGCAGCAGUGUUGAGAGCUCUGUAUCCUCGUCUACCCAAGCCGCAAGCAGUAGUUCAUACCCAUCCGGCAGCAGUGCUCUUCCUUCAUCUACUCUAGGCGCGAGCAGCAGUGUAUACUCAUCCAGCAACAUUGCAAUUCCUUCAGCCGCACAGAGUCAGGCUGCCAGCAGUAGUGGAUACCCGUCCAGUAUUGAAAGUUCGUCAGCCUCAUCCAUCCAAUCCGCAAGCAGUAGCGCAUACCCAUCCAGUAGUAGCAUGGAAAGCUCCUCGACCCCGUCAGCAUACCCUUCUAGCAACAGUAUUGAGAGUUCCUUAGCAUCGUCCACCCAAGCUGCAAGCAGUAGUGCAUAUCCAUCUAGUAGCAGUAUUGAAAGCUCUUCAGUCUCGCCAUACCCGUCUAGCAGCAGUGCAUACCCGUCAUCUAGCAGCGCUAUUGGAAGCUCCUCAGCCUCAUCGAGCCAGGCAUACCAGUCCAGCAGCAUUGUGGAAAGCUCGGCCGCUCCUUCGUCUGUAUACCCAUCUAGCAGCAGUGCUGGAAGCUCUCCAGCCUCAUCGUCAGCAUACACGUCUAGCAGCAUCAUUGGCAGCUCUUCGGCCUCGCCAUCAGGAAAUCCGUCUAGCAGUAGUGCGUAUUCGUCGUCCAGCAGCGCUAUUGAAAUCUCUUCAUCCUCAUCGAGCCAGGCCUACGCGUCUAGCAGUACUGUUGAGAUUUCUUUAGUGUCCUCGUCGACAUACCAAUCUAUUAGCAGUGUUGGGAGCUCCUAUGCUUCCUCUGCGGCAUACCAGUCCAGUAGCACCGUUGAAAGCCCCGCCGCUCCUUCCUCUGCAUACCCAUCCGGCAGCAGUGCUGGGAGCUCUUCAAUCUCAUCCACGGCAUACCAGAGCUCUUCUGCCUCGUCGAGCCAAGCUAUGAGCAGCAGUAUUGAGAGCUCUUCAAUCUCCUCCUCGGUAUACCAGACGUCUUCAGCCUCAUCAAGUCAAGCAGCGCGCAGUAGCAUUGAAAGCACCUUUGUUUUGUCCUCGAUAUUGUCGGUUUCCUCUUAUACCUCAAGCCAGACGGAAGCCUCGUCUUCUUCGGCUAUGGAAAGCAGCAGCCAAAGCUCUGGAUCGCCAUCAACAUCAACAUCGGUUUCUUCUGAAUUUACAAGCCAGACAAUGUCAAGCUCUGAAAUUUCAUCCACGGUAUACUCUACACCGAUUGAGAGCUCAACAGUCUCCUCAAUGGACAUGAGCAACACCAUUUCAUCAUCUGUGCCCAGUAGCACUGUUUCUCUCAGCUCCGAGACCUCUCUGGAAUCUAGCAGUGUGGAGUCGAGCUUUGUCCCGUCUAGCUCCUUGACUUCGACAGUUCAGUUCGGCUUCACUAGCAGUUCUAUGCCAUCUAGCACUCUCAGCUCGACAGCCCAAUCCAGCAGUACAACGGUGUCCAAUAGUGUGGAGUCUAGUUCUAUCCCGUCUAGUUCUCUGACUUCGACAGCGCAAUCCAGCUUUACCAGCAGCUCUAUGCCUUCUAGCAGUUUAACUUCCGUCCAGUACAGCAGUUCCUUGCCAUCAAGUUCAUCAGUUGUGGAGACGUCAACCCUCUCAAACACUUUGUCUUCCACUUCAUCUGAAUUAUUUUCUGUGAAUGUGGGGACGUCCACGGUAGUUUCAUCGUCGUCAAGCCUCUCGUCCAAUCUUGGUACAUCAACAUCAUCAACAAGCGUUUCUUCUGGUCCUGGGACAUUAGUCACCUCGUCUGUACUUACCUCGACUGAGUCAUCCUCAUCGAUUGUAGUCAGCUCAACAUUGUCCUCCAGUUCGUCUGGGGCAAUGGUUUCAAGCACUUUGUACCUAACUCCAUCCGGAACAUCGACACAGGCUUUUUCGACUACAAUCAUUACAAGCUCCAUAACGUCCGCACUUUCUUCGCAAACAAGCUCAAUUUCGACCUGCGCUAGUCCUAUUCCAGCGCCAGUGUGCAUGGACAAUCACAACAACUGCUACAGGAACAUGUUGAAGUAUGCGGCGGACGGGAUAGGAUUCUGUCAAACAUAUACCACAACUAUCAAUAACGCUGCUGUGACUGCCCUUCCAACAUAUGCCAAGAACUGUAAAAAUCCGGCUGCAGUCUCAUCUGCUUGCUCUUGUCUCUUUGCUCCCACAGGAGGCUGUGCUGUCGCUAGUGCUACCGCUACUUCAACCCCAGCAGUCAAUACCUUGACGACAUUUGCUACAAGUACGUCUCCUGGAACACUCACAGGAACCACUAUGAGCGCCACGCUUCCUAGUUCAAGCACUUGUGCGCCAGAUCUUAUCAAUGGCGGCUUUGAGACCGGCUCAGUUGAUCCUUGGGCUUCCUAUGGCUUCUCUUCUGCAGUCUCCAUCGGAUAUGUACCUGAUACCCAUGUUGAUGCAGCCGGCAAUUAUUAUCUUGUUACGUCAGUGGAGGAUGGAACUACCGGCUACAUUUCCCAGACGGCGACUGUGUGCCCAGGGACGACGUACACAAUGACAGCUUCCGCACAACUCGCCGAGCUCCCACCAAGCGUCAACCAUCACCGCUCACCAACCUGCACCAUUCAAAUUUGCGACACGGUGGGUGGAAAGUGUUCUCGUGAAGCUUCCCUCAAAGCCACAGGAUUCUCCGAAGUUUCGAAAACGUUCAAAGCAACAAAGACGCAGAGAUACGCGACCGUACAAGUCAACAUCAAGUGCCCGGACAUCGUGCCAGGAGAUAGCAACACCGUUUAUGUAGACUCUGUCACUCUGGGCUAAAACCGUCAUUCAUUUAGACAUAAAUUUUCCUUUGCUUUUCUGGGAUAGCGGGUAGACCCAUCAUCUUUUGUUUGGGAUGGGUGGUUUGGAGUAAAUACGCACAAAUAGAAAGUCCUUUACGAUAUUUUUUGUUGUGGGAUUGUA